AUGCUGCUUUGUGAUGAUUGUGAGGCGGCAUUUCACUUGUCUUGCAUCAGUCCUAAAAUAAGCGUAGUCCCUGUCGAUGAGUGGUUUUGUUAUUCCUGUUUGAAGCAGAAGAAACCAAAGGUGUGGAAGGAAGCGAGUGAAUGUGCUUAUACUAUCCAUGGAGUGAGUGGAUCUUUGAGAUCUGUGUCUGCAAGUGGAUCGGGUCCUGUUGACAUGAUGCUGAGUGAUGAUGAGCCAUAUGCUAGCCGUGUUCAUGUUGGUAAAAGGUUUCAAGCUGAAGUUCCAGACUGGUCGGUGCAGUUUUGUAGAAUGUAUCAUGUCUGA